CGUUGAGGAAUUUGCCUAUGAAAGAAGGAGCAAAGCCUAUGGCAGUGCAAGGGAAACAGGACAAGGGAGGGAAGUUUUCAGAACAAGGAUAUCUGAAAAUAGAAAGGAAAAAACUAGUGGGAAAAGGAACACAAUUAAAGGUGAAAAAGAGCAAUCCGUGCAGAAGGAAGAUGAAAUGAAGAUUAAUAUUAGAAUAACUACAGGUGCAAAAAAGGAGAUGCAAGGAGAAAACCUCACCAUUUGGAGCUUUUUUUUCCUGGAGGGUUUUUCUAGAUACCCAAAGUUAGAGAUUGUUCUCUUCGUCUUCAGUCUUGUGAUGUAUCUGAUAACACUCUUGGGCAACAGCACUCUUAUUUUAGUCACUGUCCUAGAGUCACGCCUUCAAACCCCCAUGUACUUAUUCCUCGGAAAUCUCUCUUUCAUGGAUAUUUGUUACACGUCUGCUUCUAUUCCCACGUUGCUGGUGAACUUGCUGUCAUCCCAGAAAACCAUUGUCUUUUCUGGGUGUGCUGUACAGAUGUAUCUGUCCCUUGCCAUGGGCUCCACAGAGUGUGUGCUUCUGGCUGUGAUGGCGUAUGACCGCUACGUGGCCAUUUGCAACUCACUGAGAUACCCCGUCAUCAUGAACAGGCAGGUCUGUGUGCAGAUGGCCGCUGUCUCCUGGGUGACGGGUUGUCUGACUGCCCUGCUGGAAACCACUUGCGCCCUGCAGAUACCCCUCUGUGGGAAUCUCAUAGACCACUUCACGUGUGAAAUUCUGGCUGUGCUGAAGUUAGCUUGUGCACAUUCCUUGCUCAUGGACGUGAUCAUGCUGGUGGUCAGCGUGCUCCUCCUGCCCAUCCCGAUGCUCUUAAUUUGUAUCUCUUAUGUCUUCAUCCUUUCCACUAUCCUGAGAAUCAGCUCAGCAGAAGGAAGAAACAAAGCUUUUUCUACCUGUGGUGCCCACUUGACGGUGGUGAUCUUGUACUAUGGGGCUGCCCUCUCCAUGUACCUAAAGCCUUCUUCCUCAAGCUCCCAAGAAGUAGAUAAAAUCAUUUCACUGCUUUAUGGAGUGCUCACCCCUAUGUUGAACCCCAUAAUUUACAGUUUAAGAAACAAAGAAGUCAAAGAUGCCAUGAAAAAACUAUUGUAUCGAACACAUGAAAAUCUCUGACUGGAUGCCUGCAGUUUUAUCAGGGGGGUGUGCUCCUGGCAGAGUUCCCCAUAGAAAUUCUAGACUGUACACUCACCCACAGAACACUGAUUUGACCUUGAGCCCUAUAAUUUUACAGCUGUGAGGUAUGUGUACACAGAAGUGACUGCCCGUGGACAAUAGCAGGUUCCCGUUUGCAUUUGGCAACAUUUGCUGUCUCUUGUGUUUCACAGUUGGAGAAGUUUUAGGCUGCAGAGUCCUGACACAUUGGCUCCUGAAAGAAAUUUGGAUAAAUUUACUCAGAGAAUGUUGGUGCCAGAAAAAUUUUGGAUAUGUUCUCUGCCUUAAAUCCUUUCUAGAAGGAGGUGGGACCAUAGGGAAACAAACGAAUAAUAGAGAUUGGCCUUGAUUAUGCAAACGAGAAAAUUAAAGAAAAAUUAAAAGGCUCGCUCACCAUCACACAGUUGCAGAACUGGAACUACAACCCCAUUAUCCCUUCAUCUUUGGAAAAAUGUUGGACCACAGCGUGGUGGCUCCCUAACUACCGUUCCUCGUUCAGAACUCCUGAUCAGAGCUUCUGACUUUCUGAGUAAGGCAUCCAGUACUCAUCUGCCAACCUUGAUUUGCUCACCUGCCAACCUUGCCUUUCUAACCACAUUGAUAUUUGUGUAAAUUUUAUCUGUUUCUUUGCCAGUAUACCACCCAUAUGCUAAGUCUUUUUGUGUGUUUGUCUUCUUUCUUCUUUUUGGGUGAUUGACUUCGGAAGGGCAGGGAAAUCUAUUCUAUUGUACCUUUCAUGUUUACAGCAGUCAUUCGGUAAACUAAUAAAUUUACCAGCUUUAAAGUAAUCUGUUUGAGAAGUAAGUCCCCCUUGAGAAAAUUAGGAAGAAACAAUAUAGGGCAAUGAGGUAUAUUGCUUUAUAAAUAGCCAAAGAUGACAGAGACAACAUUUAUAUCCACGUUUGAGCUUUUAUUUGUCUAAAAGUAUUGCUUGUUGAAAAUGUGGACUCUAGGCCUUUACUCCCAGAAUCUGAUUCAGUAGCUCUGAUGUGGGGUCCUGGUAUUCUGCAUUUAUGAUAGAUCCCUGAGAAAUUUUGAUACAGAUUUUGAGAUGACCAGACUUUGGGAGACAUUAUUUCCAGCAAAAACUGAUCAUUC